CUUCUUGGACGUCUCUCUCUAACCAUUGUCUAUUCCUGUGUCCAUUUCAUAGUGGCUUUUGAGUUUGAAGUUUCAUCUUCUUCUUGACAAGAGCAACAUUUCAAUUUGCUUGGAGGAUUUUAUAUUUACCUGCUUGAAAUCUGAAUGCGCGAAUGGCAACGGCAACCUCUGAAUCCAAAAACGCAUCAGAUCACGUUGUUGAGCUUAUCGUGCGCGAUGCAUCAGCACCUUCUUCUGAAGAAUCCGAUUCCGAGGACAAAGACCAAAUCGCCCCUCUUCUCUCUCAGGAAAGACCCAAGAUCAACAUCUUCACUGCUUCUUACCCUCGUACAAAACCCAGAGCUGAGGUGACAAGACUACUCGAGUCUGAGACAUCUCCUUUCACAAAUUUUAUAUUGUGGGUGUGGAAUGGGUCCAGAUACUCUGGUUUACUUUGUAUGGCUUUCUCAUCUACCAUCUACUUUCUCAUGGGGGUUCUUACAAAUAUAUUUUCUGUUCAGGCAAUUCCUUUGUUUGAGACUGCUUUUACAAGAUGUGCAAUUACCUUGAUACUGUCAUAUUUGUGGUUGAGAUGGAGUGAACAACCAGUAUUUGGAACAUCCCAAGUUAGAAUCAUUUUACUUUUAAGGGCCCUUACAGGAUGUAUAUCAAUGUCAAGUUUUAUAUAUUGCUCUCAAAGGCUGCCUUUCUCUCAGGCCAUUGUAUUGAACUCAACAGUUCCUAUUAUGGCUUCAAUUAUGGCCAGGGUCUUUUUGCAUGACAAAUUAAAAGUUGCUGAUAUUGCAAGUCUUGCUUGCUGUUUUUUUGGUGUGCUGUUCUUCUUCCGAGAAGCGCUUGCUACAGAAGGAUACUUUGUCAAAGCUAAGGAAGCAAGCAAUGCACAUGCUAAGACAGGUCAUCAUAUAUUUGCAAUUCUAUUGGGUCUCUUUUCAUCAAUAAUGGGUGGAACUAGUUACUGUCUUAUUAGGGCUGGAGCUAAGGCAUCCGAUCAGCCUAUGUUAACUGUCUUUUCAUUUGGCUUAUUUGCUAGCCCUGCAAUGGGAAUAUGUACUUAUAUCUUUGAGGAUUUUGUGCUACCAGGAUUUCAGUCUAUUUUGCUUAUGCUUGUGAAUAGUAUUAUGGGCUUCUUUGCUGAGGUUUUGUUAGCACGCGGACUGCAACUUGAGAGAACCAGUAAAGUUGCUAAUGUUCAGUACUUGGAGGCAGGCCUAAGGCAAUUAUGCAGCCUUGCUUUGACAAGAUUGGCUCCAUCCUUUGAACGCCUCGUUGGUGUUUCACUUAUUGUUAUCUCUGUGUGUUGCACCAUGUAUAUAGGACCUGAUAAGGAGACGGAAUGAUAUAGAUUUGAGUGAUGUAGUUGCGCAGCUUAUAUGACGUUAUUAUCAUCUGUUAUAUUGAACUUGUUUAUAUAAAGUCUAGUCUUAAUUGGUCUAUUUUAACUCUUUAUCAGUCUCUGUUUGUUCUUAGUUAGCUGCUUCAGUCUUCAGAUUAUGGCAUUUAAUUGUUUUUAAUCAAAAGGUUUAACUUCAGAUUAUGUAAGUUUUAAAAACCCAAAAGUAAAUUGUACCGAUUUCUGAAAACACUACCCCUAAUGUAAAUAAGCAUAUUAUGAAACCAUCAAAUAGUUUUUUUCUCAAUCAAAUCCCGAUUUGCCAAAGCAUUGACGUAUCAGUUACCUAUCUGAAAAUAUGAACAACUCUAAGAUCCAUAUUUGAAAAAAAAAAAAGUUGAAGCAUGUAACCCCUUUUUCUUUUGAAUUCCAUCGAACAAUGAGGCUUACUAAAAGUUUGUCUAUCAAAGACUCACUCCCAUUCCAACCAUAGCCUGUUCAAACCUAUAAAUUCUGUGAGUUG